GGACAUGGUUACCCUGGCUUUUGUGCGGCUGGAUUGGUUGUUUUUGCUUGCUAUUAUGAAUUUGUAAGACUAUCAUGGGCCUCUGGAGGCUGGUGGUUUCAGGGAUUUCGCUUCUGGGCGGUGUUACGGACUGUUAUGUAGGAUCAUCGAAAGGCCGACUUUUUCUUCUAUGAAUGUCGUGGCUGCACUUUGCUGUAGAGUGUGCAUCAUGAUGUCUGGCGACGCCGACGUGAGGUAUCUCGUCAAGGGGUCCUUCCUCUCCAACCUUGGACAAAGUACCUACCUACCUAGGCAGGUAGGUGGCACCUUCGUCAAAUGCCCACGUGGCAUGCGGUCGAGCUACUUUGCCGAGGCAGGUACACUGGAGAGGAGAGCGUAUGCGGGGAGAUCGUGAUGCGCGGGGAAGACUGUGUUAGUCUUGGAUGGUGCUUCUGGCACCGGGCGUGCUACGGAUGUCUUCUCUGUGGGAGCAGGCAUAUCGCAUCAGGAGUCAAGCUUGAGGAGCUUUUUGCGCACUCGGACGACGACUUGAAGGGUAGCAUGGGAAAUAAUAGUGGACGGGAGAUCGAGGAGCCACCACUUUGCGCACACUGUAUCGUGGAGGCCGAAUUGGGUGGGAUGGACGAGCGGGCGGUUGUGCAGAAGGGCUUGAGAAGAAUGGAUCGCGUGGACGGCGGGCUAGGACGGACAAGAUGGGAAGCCAGUCAGGGACAACCACUGCCAUUGAGGAUCGGAAGCCAUCAACCAGGGGCCCCAGUAAUAGACGCCACCGAUGUCAUUGAACCACAAAAUUCUACUAUUUACGUGUCUAUUAACGACCCCCUGGGCGAGCCCGCCUUCAAACCCAGCCCUACGAAGCCGAUCCCACGCUGGAUGCAGAUGCUUCCUGGUAACCGUCGCCAGUACUCCCCAGAUGCAUCGCGACGAUCUACUCCUAUUUCCCCUUCGCGCGUAUCGUCGACAUCAACUCAGCAAUUGGGUCCACUUCCAGAACGGACGCGAACAUCCUCAAGCAUCUCGACGGUUUGCCCUCAGAAGAUAUUCAACCCAGCCUCAACCCCGCCGUCUCUUUCUCCCAGAGUCUCUUCGUUGGCAAGGACGUCAUCUGGAGGCAGCAUCACAGACUUCCAUCCAAGAACUGUUGAGGAUCACAUGAAGCGUCAUACACCGAGUUCAUGGGUCAGCCAUGAACCCCUGAAACGACCCUCCUCGCGGAUGGCCUACAUUCAAGGACACCAGAGAACUGUGACGGAGGUCUCGGCGUCUUCAGCCUACGCUACACCCCCGGAGUUUUCUUUCGAAGAGCAUAACGAGAUUGCUACUCUGCCAUGCCGGCCUCAGCCUGGCCUUGCGGGCACUAUGCGCAGCUGUCAUGUUGCUUUCGAUGAGCUUCCUCCACAGAUAACUCAAACCCGCCCCCCGCUGUCUGCGCCAGCCGUUGCUUCGUCUCAUAAACAUGACACCGUACGGCCAACGGCUCGUACCCCGCCACCGCUAUCUUCGGAGUAUCUUGAGAAAUAUCGACCCAUCAGGUCACCAUCUCCAAGGCCUCUGACAAUCACAAUCAAACCAACAGCGGCGACUGAGGCGCAGAGAAUAGAGAGCGUAGCAGCCCCAGUCAUCUCGACGGAUCCUAGUAGCGCCUAUGGGCCGACAGCUACUGUGCUGCAGCCCUCGCGUACUCAAGACACGGUCUUGCGGAGCAGAGUGGCGAUCCAAAGGGCUGCAGGUGAUCAAGUGCCCAACUCGGACUGCAAGAGACAGAGUGCUGUUGAUGGUGCCGGCUCUAUGCAUUCCACGGGACCAGAACAACAGCCGAAUAUGCGAGACAGACGGCACUUACGAGAUGAGUUGAGGCGGUUGUUUUCGGGGAAGCAGCAGGGAACCCGAUAG